AUGGCACACUUUAGGCCAGCAGGGUUUUCGGAUGAUGACACGGACAGUGAUGAUUACGGUUUUUUCGACAAACCGACGAGAGCCUACUAUCCUACAGAUUAUAAUGAAAAAAAGAAAAAUGAAAUGAAACUUCAAGAUGCUAUUCUAAAUGGCAAUUUAAAGGAUGUAGAAGAUAUUAUUUUGUAUGAUUUAAAUAAUGCAGUGAAUCUCAAACUUGACAGUGGAUGGACCCCUUUGAUGCAUGCCUGCUUCCAUGCUCAGGAUGAAAUUGUUAGGAUGCUACUAGACAAAGGCGCUGACCCAAAUUUACAUGCAGAUUCCAUGACGUCCGUGAUGGCUGCAUGUUCCAACAGCAGCGCUAGCGACUACACAAUAUACAAUAUUGUUUCUCAUCUCAUCGAGAAGGGCUGCCUCCUAAACAUUGGCGACAAGCUCGGCCAGACUCCUUUAAUGCGGGCGAUCAGUAACGGUCGAAUCGGUGUAGUGAAGCUUUUAUUGGACAAGGAUGUUAAUAUUGAAAUGAGGGAUCAACAAGGGUGGACAGCGUUGUUCUGGGCUGUUCACCAUAACCAACCCGAAAUUGUGGAACUACUCAUCGAGCGCGGCGCCCGGCUGGCCGAAGUGGACCGCUCCGGCCGCACACUCCCGGAAAUAGCCCAAGUGCACGACUUUCAGGCGAUCGUAGACAUACUUAAUAGGCAUCUAAAGAGGGAGAAGGACGACAACGACAAGGAAAGCUAUAUCACUAGCCAAGUGACGUCGUGGCAAGAUUUCUAUCCGGGUCUGAAUAAGGGGCAAAGGCCGUCGUACGUGAGCGAAAUACCGCAUCUACUGUACGGGAUGAACUGCGAGCGGUUGACACCGCUCUUCAUGGACAGCGGAAUGGAUUUGAGGACAUUCCUUCUGCUGGAGGAUAAGGACAUGGUGGCUUUGGGCAUAGACAUGCCUUACGAGCGGCAGAGGCUGUGCCAAGGCCUGAGGAGUUUCCACACGAGAGGUUGGAAACUGAACGCGGUGGCGGGAUUGUACGCGAGGAAGAACGAAAACUAUAGCGUAAUAGACUGUUUAACUACAUUGGGCACCCACCUCCAACAGCUGUACAUAUUAGAAGCCACGCUACAGUACACCUUGCGUGAAUACAAUAGGAUUCAAAAUCAAAUCAAAUACGAACCGCCCGAUUCGCCCCUCCUUAACAAAUUGAAAGCCGCCAGUAAAAAGUUUCAGAUUAACAUAAACAGUAUUAGAAGGGAAACCAAAAUUAUGAAAACGUUACUCUCUAAGAUAAGUAGAACUAACCCGCAACCAGCGGAUCUGAUUAAAGAAAAGACUGCGCAGGACAUAGCAAUAGGUUACGCGAAGGAGUUCCUAAUCGUAUGCUCUCUAGAGGAGGCCUUUGCUCAGCAGUGGGACAUGUAU